CCGUGACGUCAUAAUCAUAUCGCCAUAUUUAGCUGCGCAGAUAGUACAAAGAAGACUUUUCUCUUUCAUUUUCACUUUCAAUUUAGUUUCUCCAGUUCUUUUGUUGUUACGAAUUUCCGAUAGAAGUUGGAGAACAGAUGAUGGCGCAGAGCCCAGCCGGCAGUGCUGUGAAGGCUUUACAACUCGAACUGAAGAAAAUACAGGAAGAGCCUGUGGAAGGAUUUCGAGUAAAACUCAUUGACGAUGACAACUUGUUCGAGUGGGAAGUGGCAAUAUUUGGACCCCCUGGCACUCUGUACGAGGGGGGAUAUUUUAAGGCUCACAUGAAGUUUCCACAAGACUAUCCAUAUUCACCUCCAAGUGUCCGGUUUAUAUCUAAGAUGUGGCAUCCCAAUGUGUAUGAGAACGGUGAUGUGUGUAUCUCCAUCCUGCAUCCCCCAGUAGAUGAUCCUCAAAGUGGAGAGCUUCCGUCAGAAAGAUGGAAUCCCACACAGACUGUCAGAACUGUUCUGCUGAGCAUCAUAUCCCUGUUGAACGAGCCCAACACCUUCUCUCCUGCCAACGUCGAUGCCUCCGUCAUGUUCAGGAAAUGGAGGGAGUCCAAAGGCAAGGACAAGGAAUACGAGAACAUCAUCAGAAAACAAGUGACAGCAACUCGGGAGGAUGCAGAGCGUGACAGUGUGCGUGUGCCCACCACGCUGCAGGAAUACUGUGUUACAGCCAAGCCGGCCACCGACAAUGCUGUCGAUGUAGACUUCUACGAUGAUGAUUAUGUAGAUGAUAUGGACGAUGAAGAGGAAAUGUAUGAAGAUGAUGAUGAUGAUUCUGGAAAUGAAGAAUCCUGAUGUUAGUCUUCUAUGCAGGACUGCAACUAUUACACUCACUGUUACACACUCAAAUACAAAAUUCUUCAAAUUCAAAAUUUGUGCAGGGGGCCAAGAAGCUCCAGGAAAUGUCUCUAGUGUUUUUUCAAGUGAACACAUGUUCUGCUAUGUGGCUUUGGUUUUGAGGUGUUCUUUAAUGCAUCUGGCACUAUGGUUAAGCUGAGGGAUGCAAUGCCAAGUACGAGCUUUGCAAGAGUUCCUAAAGCUGGACUAGUCCUGAUAAUACUGGGUUGUGAUCAUAGUCCAAGUGUGCUGGUGGUGAUAGUUUAGUCAGUGGAGAAAGGCAAAGAUGGAGCUUGUGUCAGUGCCAUCAUGCCGUAAGGUUGAGCAGCCACACUGACAAUUUCCUGAUUCACAUGGUGCAAUAAUCCAAGUGCUUAUAAACAUACAAUCCAUUAAUUUAUCCAUGUUUGUUAAGUUGUUUUCGUUUCAUAAUUCCGAUUUCAAUAAUAUGCUGUAAAUAGUUGUAGGUGCUGGUGUGAGUACCAGAGAUUGAGACUUGUUUGGAGGCAGGCUGUAGUUUCCCCUGUUAGCUGGUGUGGCUGCUCAGCCUAGAGUUGAUGGUGGAUGGGAACCCAGUAGCAUUGUACAACCAUAAUGAGACCAAACUUGACCACUUCAAAAGAUGAAAACACGAAGAAUUUUUAUACCUGACUAAGCCAUGGUGUGUGUUGCUCAAAGGGUUGAUUCAUGUUACGAUAAAGGUUCUUGCCCUUCCCGUGUAAAAAAUAUCAGAAUGUAAAAAAUCCUAUUCCGAGUUUGUAUACAUUUUAUGUACUUUUAUGUGAAUCAAUCUUUAAAAAUUGAACAAAAAAAGUUUUAUUGUACAGAGAUGGUGGCCAUUGAGCAACUGAAGCUGUAAAUUGCGAGGUCGUUUGGUCUACAGUAAGUUGGUACAGAUGGUGCCACAGAUGUGUACAGUGUAUCCCCGCCACUUGUGCUUGUUCCUAAGCAUGCAAGUUAUUUGGAUGAAAAUUAAUUCUGUUGUGUAUAUGGGUGUGUGUCUGUAUGUAUCAGUUUGCGUGGGUGUGAAUGUGCGGGUGUUGUUAUCACUUGGUAUAAAUGUACAGUUUGUAAAUUCUACUAUUUAAUUUCCCUCACUCUUGCGCCCUGUUCCUCUCCUUUAGUUCUGUAUUCUGGGUUAUCUCCCUUCCAUAACAGUCCGGAUUAUCCUCCAUGUUUAACAGACACAUCUUUUAAUUCCCAGUGUUUAGAUCUGUAAAAGUUUUGCUCUUGUUUUCACCAUGCCUGACUGUUUCAGUGUGAUGCACUAGGCAAUGUAGUUAUGAUGCAAAGGGGGUUAAUUCAUUGUCCUUUGAUGAGUUGUUUCCCUUCCAGCCUAUGUUGGACACAGCACAAAUGACUUUAUUAAGCAUGUGGUUCAGUGGCAACACCAACUCUGCAAUCAUGUAACACUGCCUGAUAUGACACAGGGUCUUACGUCAUGGUUAACUACACACUGCAACCUCAUCAUCAUUGUCUUUUUUAAUACAUUGUAGCUUUUGAUCUACUAAAACAUUUGAAAAAACAAUUUCCUAAAGUAUAAGGUUUUCAAAGUUGUGCAAGUUGAAGCCAAAGAUAAGUUAACACUUGCUUUUUUUAUAUUAAAUCCUGUAUGUAGCCAAAUGAUGUCAACUUCAUGACAAUACGCAGCAUAGACCUUUGAACGUGUUCCUGUUGAACAAUCUCAUUACUUCAUCAUUCCUAUAUUGUAGUUGUCUUUCUGAACAGAAACAUUCAAUGUGCAUCACUUUGCAUUUUUUGGUGACAAUAUGCAACAUGUCCACUGUUUCAAUCACUAGGAACAAGUGAUGGAACGAGUGACCCCAAGUUAAACUGAUCUGUCCAUGAAGUCACCCUCCAAAACAUGCUUGUCCCAUAAUCUUUGUUUCUUCAUGUCAUGGAUUUGAUGAGGAUAACUGACUGUCAUGUCAGAUGAGUGAGGAAUAUCGAUGGCCUUAACUCUUGAGAAAUGUAGAUCUCUUUGAUAUAUUUGUACAUGUAUAUUUAUGAUAUAUAAAAUGACACACAUGCUUCUCAGUCAUAAGGAAAUGAAGAUGUUUAUUUGGAUUCUAUGAUUUAAAAAUUGAACUUUGGAAACUUCAAAACAUUUUACAUUUAAAUAAAAGACCAUUACUCAACCACUUGAUGCUCAGGAUAUUCAGUUUCUUAACACCUGGUAAUAAAUAAUCUACUAGCCACUCCUAUGUUGGAACUUGCUUUACCACCUUCUACUAUGUUAAAACUUGCUUUCCCACCUCCUACUAUGUUGAAACUUGUUUUCCCACCUUUUAAGUUCGUCAUGUUAUAAUUUUGUUUCUAUUUAUCAUGUUUAUCAAGUCUUGUUUCAUGAUUCAUAUGUGUCAUCUCAUCUGUAUAGUAUGCUUGAGAGGGUUUGAUAUCAUCAAAUAAUAAACAUUUGAAUAAAAAAAUGGUUAAUUAUUUAAAGUUUG